UCGGCGUCGUCGCGCACUACACGCACUCGGCGGGGUACAGCAAGCCGGGCAGCGCGUUCCCGACCAUCACGGUGCAGAAGCACGCGCUGCGCCAUGUCCACGUCUUCUGCGGGAUCGCGAUGACCGCGCUGCUCUACGCGGGGAUGAAGACGGGGAUGGACGAGUGGAACCGCGUCGCUGACGCCGGGACGCUCGUGCCCCGCGGAAUCACGAUCGCGUUCUGGGUGCUCUUCGCGCUCGAGGUCGCCGCGUAUGUCGCGGGCUGGGCGAGCGAGCCAGUGCGCUCGAGGAGUAUGCAGCCCAGCGCCGCGACGAGCACAGAAAAAGUAGCCGCAUGAGCACAGUACGAAGAUUAUGAAAUUGUAAUGAGAUUAUUUUUCCACUGAAUCAGUGUGCGAAUGUGUGACCAGCGGGUGGGUGGGUGCAACCUGGGCGCGCUUGGCGUGACAGAGUGAGUGCGUCACGCGUGUCACGUGCUGGAAACCGUCCCCCUAAGCCGGAGUUCCAGGCGCCAAAGUUCGAGCAAACCGUGAUCAUCGUAUCUCCGCACCAUUCUGCUCUUUCCCCUUGGUCCACAAUCACGAUGGCGCUCCAGAAGCAUCUCUUGAACGACCCUGAAUCUCUGGUCCUCGAUUCCUUGGCUGGCCUGUGCGCAGUCAACAACCAACUCGUCCUCGACCCACCGAGCAAAGUCGUCUACAACUCCCACCGUGACCGCUCCAAAGUCGCGCUCAUCUGCGGCGGCGGCUCCGGCCAUGAGCCUUCGCAUGCUGGAUUCGUCGGCGAGGGGAUGCUCAGCGCGGCGGUCUGCGGCCACGUGUUCGCCUCCCCCAACGCGGCGCAAGUGCGGCGCGGGAUGGAUCUGGUCGAGAACGACGCGGGAACCUUGAUUCUGGUCAAGAACUACACCGGCGACGUUCUCAACUUCGGGCUCGCGGCGGAACAGUACGCCGCGGAGCACGCAGACAAGUCGGAUCGCGUCAAGUUUAUCGUAGUCGGCGACGAUGUGGCCGUAGGCAGAACACAGGGUGGGCUCGUCGGCCGCCGUGGCCUUGCGGGCGUCGUGCUGGUGUAUAAGAUAGCUGGAGCCCUGGCGGCGGAGGGCGCGACGCUCGAAGAAGUGUACGCUGUCGCGCAAUGGGUCUCAGGUCGCGUCGGAACGAUCGGGGUCGGGCUGGAACAUUGCCAUGUCCCGGGCACCGCGUCACCCUCCCAUUCCCUCGGUACAAGCGAAAUUGAGAUCGGCCUGGGGAUCCACAACGAGCCGGGCAACCAGCGUCUCUCGUGCAUCCCACCGCUCUCAGAGCUCAUGGUGACUCUGCUCGACCUAAUCACUCUCACGACAGAUCCAGAGCGGGCGUACCUGCCAUUCCAGAACGACGGAAAGGACGAGGUGGUGUUGCUGGUGAACAAUCUUGGUGGGAUGAGCGAGCUCGAGCUGGGUGGGGUCGUCCGCGCUGCUCACGAGGAGCUGCAGAAGAGGCAGAUCGUCGUCCGCAGAGUCAUCUCCGGCACUUUCAUGGUGAACAUGCACGGUGUAUCUCUGGAUCCUGAACUAAUCCUUCUUCCAGACGAGUCUCAACAUGCCAGGCUUCUCCAUUUCACUUGUUUUGCUGCCUCGAGCGGACGAGUCGGACGCCCCGAAAGUCGAUAAACUACUCAUGCUGCUCGAUGCGCCUGCGAAGACCCCCGGCUGGAAGUGGUCCUCAGGCACGGCUCCAAUCACUCCAACGCCUCUCGCGCCUUCUGCAGUCUCUGCCGUCAACAAGGCUUCUAGCGCUAACCCCGUGUCCGUCCCGAAUCUCGUCACAUCACUUACGAAAGCGUGCAAUGCGCUCAUUGCUUCCGAGCCGGAAAUCACCCGCAUGGACACGAUCGCGGGUGACGGCGAUUGCGGCCUGACUUUGAAGGCGGGGGCCCAGGCCGUGUUGAGGGAGAUCGAGGCCGGGAACAUCGCUGGAUCGGAUCUGGUCUCCGACGUCGUCGCGAUCUCGAAGGUCGCGGAGACUCGGAUGGGGGGAACCAGUGGGGCCAUCUACUCGUGCGCGUUCCCCGAGGAGUGUCGACCGUCUCAUCGCUGAGCUCUUCCAGGAUCUACCUCUCCGCCCUCGCCCAGGGAAUCCAGACUCACGCCCAGAACUCGGCUCCCGAAAUGUGGGAACGAGCACUGGCCAGCGCGCUUGCCAAGCUCUACACGUACACCCGCGCACGGCCGCCGUCUCGCACCUUGGUCGACCCGCUCGCUGCGUUCGUCAACGCGUUCCCGGACGGCUUUUCCGGCGCAGUGAAGGCGGCUGCGGAAGCCGCCGCGCACACGAAGGACGUCGAGGCGAAGGCUGGGCGCAGCGCGUAUGUCGAUGCCGGGAUGCUCAGCCGGGAGCAGGUGGCUGAUCCCGGAGCCUGGGGUGUGAAGGUGAUUCUAGAGGCGCUGUAGGAGUCGCUAGUGUAUUGAAAUAUGAAUGUAAGUUGUAGUCGAGGAUCUUGUAACAACUGAAUCACAAAGUCUAUCUGUUCGUGAGACGCAGUGUUAGAGUAUAGAGCCAAAACUCAGGCCGAACGCUGAGUCUUACAGUCUAGGUGGUUGUGGAACGUAGCCGUUCGUUGUACUCCAGGGGUUACCGCUCAAAACCAGAUAAUAUAUCUGGUGCAACACGUGGGACAUUGCAUACUUAGAAACAAACAGAUCGAUCUGCCGAGGCAUCGUACACUACGAAUGACAAUGAGUGGAAAUGCCAAAAAUGAUUUGCAUGCUUGAGAUGAAGAUAGUCCAAGAUCGAAAUUGUCCGGGAGGGUGCUGCUCUCCCAACAUCCACUCAUGACUCAUCAGAAGCCUCCGAUACCCCACACCCCGGCACCGGCACCCAGGAUGGCAACGAGCGUCGCGGCCCAGAUCCCAGGGGGCACAGCGUAGCCCUUGCCGUUGAACGGCACGUACGACGGGGUCGCGCUGGCGGUCGUGGUGUUGGAUCCUCCGGUGCCUCCGCCAGUCAGAUUGGCGCCGUUCGGC